AUGGCCCGCCAAUUCUUUGUUGGUGGUAACUUCAAGAUGAAUGGCUCUGUUGAGGCCAUUAAGAAGAUCAUCGGAUAUCUCAACGAUGCAAAGUUGGAUCCUAAUACCGAAGUCGUUAUUGCUCCACCGGCUCUCUACCUCCUCCUUGCCCGCGAGCACCUCAAGCCUGGCCUAGAGGUCGCAGCCCAGAACGUCUUCGACAAGCCCAACGGUGCCUUCACGGGCGAGAUAUCCGUCGAUCAACUGAAGGACAGCAACAUCACCUGGACUCUGCUCGGCCACUCGGAGCGCCGUGUGAUUCUGCAAGAGGAUGACCAAUUCGUCGCGUCCAAGACAAAGGCUGCUCUUGAUGGAGGCAUCGGUGUUAUUUUCUGCUGUGGAGAGUCAUUGGAACAACGAGAGAGUGGCAAGACAAUUGAUGUCGUUACAAUGCAGCUGAAGGCUGUUAAGGAUAAGGUUUCAGACUGGUCCAAGAUUGUCAUUGCAUAUGAGCCGAUCUGGGCUAUUGGAACUGGAAAAGUUGCGAGCACUGAGCAGGCACAGGAGGUCCAUGCUGCUAUCCGAUCGUGGCUGAAGAAGGAAAUUAGCGAGAAGGUCGCAGAGGAGACAAGGAUCAUCUAUGGUGGUAGCGUCAGUGAGAAGAAUUGCAAGGACUUGAGCAAGCAGCCUGAUAUUGACGGAUUUUUGGUUGGUGGAGCUUCGCUCAAGCCUGCUUUUGUCGAUAUUAUCAACAGCCAUUUGUGA